CUUGUUCCCACAGCGACUUUCUGUGUGAUUCGAGUGAUGGCUGGACGUCAAGAUGUCGAAGAGUUGCAGGACAAGUCUUAAUCAGGCUUAGUCCGCAGAGUCUCAAUUUGGUUGGUCAAAUCGUUGCGAGAUCUCUGUUCCGUGCUGAUGAGCAGGCUGCAGCAAGCAUUGCUCUCAAAGUUCGGAGCUGGAGCAAGGUGGAUGUGCAUCGAUGCCUGCCCCGCGUCUGCGUGGCGAAUUGACAAAUCCAAGGCUAGCCGAUUUGAGGCGAGUUGGCGAACCGAGGCGGCCUGGGCAGCUGACUAGGUCGCCGCUGCAACACACACGCCACUUCAACUGUCAUGCGGCGCAAGUUGCGGAGUUGUGGAAGGCAGUUGGUGAUCCAAAAUGACUGCUUGGUGAACAUGAAUCCCGACCUACAUGAUGUCCUCCAGGUCUUCCAUAUUCACACCCAAGUAACCAAAAGGAGGGGCGUGCUGCCAGAAAGCGCAAAGUGCGCAUCUUGAAGGCCAGGUUGGUGUGCUGCAAUCUCCAGUGCCAGUCCACUCAGGUGAGCCCUUGCGGUUGCUGGCGUCCAAUACCCAACACCUGACCCGUGCCAGGGCACAGUGCUUUUGUGUGGCAGGCCGUCGUAUGAGGUCGUCUGGGUUGCAUCUGCACGCAUGGCGAUGUGCCGCAUGGACCCAAUGGAUGCUUGCAGCGCGCAUGUGACACUGUCGCGCCGGCCCGCCUGACUUCCCUGGCUUGCCCAAGCUUCGCCUGAGUCAUGCUUUGUCGAGCUUAUUGAGUGCCGCAAGGAUGUCUGCAGUGCAGGCAAGCAGCGCUCGCCGUAUGUACUGUCGGCAAAAGAUUGACAACAGCCCUAUUUGCAAUGGAAAGCGGGCCAGCCCUUGGCAGUUGCUGGCGUUGAGUGCUUGAUUAACGAACAUAUGUGUGAGGCACCGCUUGCCGGAAUCGAGUAUUGUUGAUGAGCUCGGCUUCUCCAAGCUUCGCCUGAGUUCUGCUUCACUGACUUUUUUCCGCGUUGGUUGUCGUUUGGGCUGCAUUCGCAAGCAGCACUUGCCGUAUGUUCUAUUGGCAAAACCCCAACUGGCCAUGAUGAUCCGUUGGGUUCUGGCAGUUGGCGUAGAGUACCUGAUUCAAGAAUAAAUGUGCGAGCUUUUCACCUGUGCAGGGGCAGGGCCGUCUAGUGCGACCAGCCUGCCGCCUUAGACUGACUGUUCCAGCUUUGCUUAAGCCUGGCUUUCAAAUUUGUUCAUGUAGUGUUGGUGGCCUGCCGGGCUGCAUUGGUAAGCACGGCUCAAGUUCAUAGAGUGAGACAGACUUGGACACAACCAAUAUUAGCCGUUUGGGCUGCCAUUGCAAGCAUAGCGGCUCGCGCAGCGCAGAUUUCUGCCGCGAAUGAUGUGGGCGGCGUAUGGCUAUCUGAAACAAUUUGCAAGCAACAGAACUCCACGUAUGCCAACUCUUUCGGGCACGCGCGCCGUAUGUGUUCAGAUUGAGUUUGCCAGGCGCUUGAUUUGUAUUCAUGCCUAUCCGUUCGGGUGAGCCCUCGGCGCUCGAAUACUUGUUCAAAGACUCUGUCCAAACAGCCGCAUGUAAAGUAACCUUCCAUUGGAGUUUAUUCAGUGUUGGUGGCUGUUCGGGCUGCAUUUGCAAUCAUGGCGAUUCCGCAAGGAUGUCUUCCGUGCAGAAGGCAAACAGCGUGCGCUAUAUGUACUAUCAGACGGAGCUCGAACAGUUUCGCGCUUCGCAAUGGUGAUUGUAUGUUUGGGUGAGUCCUUGGCGGUUGAUCAAGCAACAUGUGCAUAUGUGAGCUCUUUCAUUUUCUGCCACGCUUUCUGUGCAAGCUGCGUGCAAGGGCAGUACCCUCUAUCGGCGUGCCCGUCGGCCAAACAGACUGUCCGAGUUUUGCUGCCCACCUUGAGUGUAUUCAGUGUUGCUGGUCGCUUAGGCAGCAUUUGUAAGCAUUGCGCUCGAGCUCUUCUCGCAUCGCACGGAUGUCAGUGCAAGCCUUGUGCACCAUUGUGAAGGAUCCGCAAUUUGCCAUAGUGGCAAUGCGCUCAGGUGAGCCCUUGGCGAUUGCUGGCGUAAAAUGCUCAACGCCUGACCAAUGAGCUUCACAAUGUGGGUGUAACAUGUUUUGCAUUGUCCUCUCCUCAGCAGGUUGGCUGCCAGGGCAGUGUGCUUUCGUGCAGCCAGCCGUGUCCGGGUUGCACAUGGGCCAAUGGAUGUUUGCAGUGCGCGGGGGCAAUCACGGCCAAGUCCUGCUUCGCUGUGGCAGGCAAGCAGCGCUUUCCGUAUGUGUCGGAAAGAGCUUUGCAGCGAUCGCCCAGAGCGCAAUGAAGCCUUUCUGUGCGGGUGAGCCCUUUGGCAGUUGGCGUGGAAUGGUUUUGGCAGGGCAAGCGCGGGUCUGUCAGUCGAAAGGCGGUGCCUGGCAUUACACUAGCGGCGCGACUCAGUCUUGUCCUGAAAUCAAUUGAUCCAAGGCGGAGAGACUCCAGUCAGCGCGACCGUCCGGCCCGCCCAUCGCAAAAGGCCCAUUUCCUAACCGACUCAAAGGCAAGGUUCUUGAAGCUCCAGAAGCCUAACAGUUCCCUUCUGAGCUUAGUUAGCUGCAAAUUUGCCGUUUUUUACUUCAUGUAGGAGUCUUUCAUGCGCAUGUGGUUUUUUGUUUUUCCGAACAACGAGACAGGACGUGCAACAAAAAGGCUGACCUAACCCGCAAAAGCACCUGAAGAACGAUACGGGGCAUCCUAGCAUUGGAAUGAAUACACCCCAGGCAAGUAAUUUUGCUGGCUCAUAUGUGAGCUUUGAAUUGUUCUGCCACACUGCCUGCGCAGCAGGCUGCGUGCAGGGUGGUGUCCAUCCGGGCUGCGUUGGCAAGCAUGGCGCUUGAACUGCGCUUCAUUCCUUUCAUUUGUCGAGCGAGACAGAUUUGGACACAAUUCAUAUUGGCCGUUUGGGCUUACAAGCAUAGCUGGUGACGCUGCACAGAUUUCUGCAGUGCAGGAUGUGGGCGGCGUAUGCCUAUCAGCAACAACUUGCGAGCAACCGAGCUGCCAAGCAUGCCAAUCCUUUCGGGCACGGGCGCCGUAUGUGUUCAGAUUGAGCUUGCCAGGCGCUUGAUUUGUAUUCAUGCCUAUCCGUUCGGGUGAGCCCUCGGCGCUCGAAUACUUGUUCAAAGACUCUGUCCAAAGCAGCCGCAUGUCAAGUAACCGGCCAUUGGAGUUUAUUCAGUGUUGGUGGCUCUGCGGGCUGCAUUUGCAAGCAUAGCCAUUCCGCAAGGAUGUCUUCCGUGCAGAAGGCAAGCAGCGUGCGCUUUAUGUACUAUCAGAAGGAGCUUGAACACACUCGCGCUUCGCAACCUUGAUUAUUUGUUUGGGUGAGCCCUUGGCUGUUGAUCAAGCAACAUGUGCAUAUGUGAGCUCUUUACAUGUUCUGCCACGCUUUCUGGCGUGCCCGUCGGCCAAGCGGACUGUCCGAACCCUGCUGCCCACCUUGACUGUAUUCAGUGUUGCUGGUCGUGCUCAACGCCUGACCAAUGAGCUUCAC